GCUUGCUAGCCCUGCCCCUGCUGAUCCAUGCUAAAGCCUGCGUUUCCUUUGCAGCCUCCAAUGUACACAUGCGGACCCCACCCUCCAAUAAGGUGAUCAAGACCCGCUAUCGCAUUGUCAAGAAGACCCCAACUUCUCCCCUCAGUGCUCCAUCCUUCCCCUCAUCUCUACCCUCCUGGCGGGCCCGGCGAAUCUCAUUAUCCAGGUCCAUGGUGCUGAACCGCCUGCGUCCAGCCAUCACUGGAGGCGGGAAAGCCCCAUCUGGUUCCCCUCGGUGGCGCAACAAAGGCUACCGCUGUAUAGGAGGGGUUCUCUACAAGGUGUCUGCCAACAAGCUCUCCAAGACCUCCAGCCGGCCCAGUGAUGGCAGCAGGGCCCCCCUUCGCACAGGACGACCGGACCCUGCCACCAGCUGCAGUCGUUCCCUGGCCAGCCGGGCCGUCCAGCGAAGCCUGGCCAUCAUCCGGCAGGCGAAGCAGAAGAAAGAGAAGAAAAGAGAGUACUGCAUGUACUAUAACCGCUUUGGCAGGUGUAACCGUGGCGAGCGCUGCCCUUACAUCCAUGACCCUGAGAAGGUGGCCGUGUGCACCAGGUAUUUUCCGAGGCACAUGCAAAAGACAGAUGGGUCCUGCCCUUUCUCGCAUGUGUCCAAGGAGAAGAUGCCUGUGUGCUCCUACUUUCUGAAGGGGAUCUGCAGCAACAACUGUCCCUACAGCCACGUGUAUGUGUCCCGCAAGGCUGAAGUCUGCAGUGACUUCCUCAAAGGCUAUUGCCCACUGGGUGCAAAGUGCAAGAAGAAGCACACGCUGCUGUGUCCUGACUUUGCCCGCAAGUAUUGUCCCCGUGGUGACCAGUGCCAGCUGCUCCAUCGUAACCAGAAGCGCAUGGCCGGCGGACAGCUGACCUCCUACCCAGGCCCAGUGACGGGCCCCAGAAGCAGGGCCUCAGCUGGCCAUGUACUCAGUGACAGGAAGCACUCGACUGCUCAGCGCCCUGUCAGACAGAUGUCCAGUGGUCUGGCCUCCAGAACCGAGGCCCCAGUCUCGCCCCCCGACUCCCCAAGGGUAUUAGCCUCCACCUCUACCCUGUCUUCAAAGGCCACCGCUGCUUCCCCCCUUCCUCCUCCCUCUCCUAGCUCCCCCACCCCAUCCUUGGACCAGGAAGAAGCCGCCUCUGGGACAGGUGGGACGGGCUCAGGAACAGGCUCCAGCAGCCUCUGCAAGCUGCCGUCCUUCAUCUCCCUGCGUUCCUCCCCGAGCCCAGGAAGCCAGAGCGGGCCCCAGUCCCCCAGGAGCCCCCGCACCAAGGACUCAGGGAAGCCGCUCCACAUCAAACCACGCCUGUGAGGCUCCCUGGGGACCAGCCCGCACCUACCUCAGACCCUCACCCCUGGAGAGGAUGGAGGCUCUACCCACCACUGCUCCUGAGGAGAAGCAGCCUGCCACUGAGCCCAGCUGGGGCUAUAAGCAGGGCACAUAGCUCCUCCCAUUUGGCUUACAGCCUUUGGAGGCCUUUGUGUGCCCAGGCCUUGUUCUCCUUCCUCAAGCCAAGGCCCUGUCCAUUCCCUGUUCUCCCCCCCCCCCAAGACACUCAGCCUCACACUAGGACUUACCCUGGCUC